CUCCACACAAUCUCUGUCCUCAAUACACGGAUUUCGUCACACGAAUGAUUUCCUAGCCAAUUACGCACAAUGUGGAAGAUUUCAUACAACUGCAGGAGGAAGAGCGGCAACUUGGUGGGAUCUCACUCAGGAAUGUGUCGUCUGCGCGCACCUGGGGCCACUGGAGACAUGCGGAGGCAACAGAUUUUAACCUGUUUUCACUCUGUUUUAUGAUACUGAGCCGUCGUGUACCUGCCUGUGAUGGGGAGAAGCGCAUGGAGCUGCGGUGCCGUGAUCCUGCUGGCCAUGAUUUGCUGGUGUCGUGCCGCCACUCUGGAGUCCAUCCACUGGACGAGUUCCAAUGCAAAGUUUACUCCAGGUCAGGGUCUGAUCCUGUAUCCUCAGAUAGGGGACAAGAUGGACAUUGUGUGUCCCCGGGCAGACGCUUCCUCGGGGGGGAGCGAGGAGUUCUACAGAGUGUACCUGGUCUCCCGAAGUCAGAUAGAGAGCUGCACCAUCGAUAAGACGGAUACACCCCUGCUGAACUGUGACAAGCCUCACCGGGAUGUCAAGUUCACGUUCAAGUUUCAGGAGUUCAGCCCCAACCUGUGGGGUCUGGAGUUUCUCAAGGGGAGGGACUAUUAUAUCACCUCCACUUCUACAGGGGCUCUGCAAGGUCUGGAUAACACCAAUGGAGGGGUGUGCAGAACUAAAUCCAUGAAGCUGGUGCUGAGAGUCGGCCAAAGCUCCUCAGACCCACCUUCAACACUCCAGGAGUCCCCCACCAGAUUCCCACCCUCACGACCAAAGCCCAAGGCCAAGGACACCUCUGCAAAAGAAAAUGUUUCUCCUUCCUUUUUUUUUUUUUUUGCCUGGCCUCUCCUCUGUCUCUGUUUGACAGCCGCGGGAUCAGAAACAGGACAAACAAACCCCAGCGGCGGCUCUGAGUCAGGACUGUUCAUGUGGGUUUUCUCCGGCUGUGCGAUCCUCCUUCUGGUCAUCAUAGUUCUGCUGGCCCUGCUGUGGAGGUACCAUCACCGUCACUGUGUCCCUGAGAGCCAGCAGUCAGCCUCCGUGUCCCUCAACACUUUGGCUGUGCCGAAGCGAGACAGCAUCAGCAGCGACAACAACGGCUCGGACCGCAGUGAUGUUGUCUUUCCUCUGCGAUCUUCUGACAGCAUGGUGUGCCGUCACUACGAGCGCGUGAGCACCGACUAUGGGCCCCCCGUGUACAUAGUUCAGGAGAUAACACCGCAGACUCCCACCAACAUCUACUACAAAGUCUAGUGUUUGCUGCUCUAAUGUCAGUCUUUGACUAAUAUGUUGAUAAUAAAUUUCAGCCCUUGUGGACACACUCUCACAGGCUGUAAUCUAUUACACAAUGCUCCCAUGGCUACAGUUGUAAAGUUUGUAGCGUGUGAAGAAAUGUGGGGAGUUUCUCCGAGAGCGGUGUUGCACUGACCGUCGACGGACAAAUGUCAGUCUUAUACUUGCUCUGGUCACACUGCACCAAGUGCACAAAAAGCUGUUGUACCACUUUGUUUUCUUAGUGAAGAGACAAUCAGAGAGAAAACUGGUGUGUCAUAACACGUCAUUCAGUAGUUGUGUUCGGUUAGUUUUUUGUGAGAUACGUGCGGAAGUGUUCAGCAAAUACCAAUUUGUUCUGGUUUUUACAAAGAGAUCAGUUGUGUCUCUCUGCCACUGAAUGUGGCGGCUUCAGAUGUACAGUAUAUGUGUAUUUUAUUUAAUUUAUUGAUAACUCGUUGACAAAGAUUGAUAUUGAACUCCUGCACACUAAAUUUGCGGGCGCUUGAAUAUAGAUUUUUCAUAACCGAAGUGUGUAAACUUUGUUUGAAAUGCUGUUCAGUGAAAUGAAAAUCAUGAUUCUGUGGCGUUUAUUAAAGUAAAAACAAUUUCAAGGGA